CAUCAAAAACCCUGGCUUAGUUGUCUUGACAAGUGAUGUUUUUCUUUUCACAACACAUAUUAGCACUGGCAGCAGCUCCAGAAGCGGGGCUAAGCUAGCAAGCUGUCAUCUGUGAUUAAAAAAAAGACUCGGUUGUAGCUUUACUUUAAGCCAACAUUAGCGUGUUUCUGCUUAUUCUGCUGUCUGGUUCAGCACAAGAGAAGCGGACUGGAUUGGCUGCACUUCGAUGGAGACGCUGUCAAAAACAGCCGCUGCCGAUGCUACGCGGGGAGAGAAGCUCUGUCCACCACCACCACCCAGCGGAGUCGUGUCUGACAGCCUGUCACUCCCAUCUUACAAAGACUAUCCUGCUCACCGUCCCCUCAUCAACACACUUGUGCAUCACACACCCCAAACACACACACAUCAGUCCCCUCGCCUGUCGUCACCCAGCAAGGCAUUCCCAGAGACCAGCAGUGCAGCGAUCCUAUCCGCCUUGAGGAACCUCCAGGAGAAGAUCAGGAGGCUGGAGUUGGAGAAAGGACAUGCACAGCUCAGUCUGCGCUCCAUGGGGAAAGAUGCAUCUCACACACAUCUGCAGAGCAAUCAAGUCACACAGAGACACUUAAAUGGUCAGGCAGACACAGAAAGAGGGAAAGGUGGCCAGACAGACUGCAAUCAAGUGUUGAUCACCAACCUGGCUGCUGCAGAGUCUCGCUGUGUGACCCUGGAGCGACAGCUGGAUCACAUGAGGAGGCUGUUGCGCAAUGCCAAGGCAGACAGGACCAGCCUGCUCAAACAGCAGGUUUCCAUGGAGACAGCCAAGUCAGCCAAUCAUCAGUGUGACACCGUGUCUGAGCAUGCCCAGCUGGAGAAGCUGGAGCGACUGGAGCAGGAGUACCUCCGGCUGACGCGCACACAAAACAACGCCGAGAUGAAGAUUCGGCAGCUGGAGAUGAAGCUACAGGAGGAGGAGCAUCAGAGGAAGCUGGUCCAGGUUCAGGCCCAUCAGCUGCAGACGGGUUUAGAAGCCAACAGGAUCUUGCUGCAGUCAGUGUCGCCCCGUCUUUCUAGCAGACAGUCCAAAGAGAGGAAGUCCAAUUCAAAGAAAUCUUCACCACGGCAGUCAUCCUACGCACAGCCACACUAUAGACUGAGCCUCAGAGAUGUACCUUUUGUUGCUGGAACGGUAUCGGUCGGCUGCAGCCACUCAGUCCGAGCAAACGUCCAGUCGGUCCUGUCUCUCCUGAAGCGUCACCAGCCGCACCUCUGCAACAGCCGCGUCCUCUCCAACAGCGCAAACGGCUACGAGACAGGUGGUAGCAGGCUUUCAGACACAUCCUCCUCCUCUUCCUCCUCCUCCGCCAGUGGCGAGGAGCUAUCAGAGCUGCUGCAAGCGCUACAAGAGGAGCUGCGACUCAUGAGCUUGGAGCAGGACGAGCUGACGAGACAGGUGGAGGCCUGCGUCUCUGAACAGGAGAGAAAAGAUCUUCAGAGGGAGCAGGAGAGGCUGCUGCUGAAGAUGGAGAGGAAAGGAGAGCAGAUCAGUAAACUCUACAAACAUAAGGCACAGAUAAAGAAGUUUAGAAAGGCUCAGUCUAGGCCAAACAGCGCAAAGGAGGUGAGGGUGACAACCACAGUGUCCACUAGAGGUCGCUCCGCCGGAGCUGUCAAAGUCAGACCAGGAGAGAGAAGCAAGAGGAACCUGAGGCUGCUGAGGGACAUGAAGGCUCUGCAGACUUCAUUACGGACCUCAAACUGAAACCUACCAGGACGCGAACACAUCAGAUUAGGUUCAUCUUGUUGGUGCUCCCUACCUACCUACCUACCUACCUACCUACCUACCUACCUACCUACCUACCUACCUGUGGCCAUUAUUUCACCUUCAACACAGCAACUGACUGAACAUCACUACAGAAUAAAAUCUAAAACCAAGUGUCUAGUCAUGAACAUAUGGCCUGUGAUCUCUUGUCAAAAAAUCUGUUUAUUUGCAGUAUUAGGAACAUUUUAAAGCAUCUAAUUUAUUGAGUCUGGGUCUCCACCACCCAAACUGCUAUUUGUUGUCUGAUUUGUCAUCUGAGUGUAAAUUGACUGGCCAGAAUAUUUGAAAGAGAAGGCUUUGAAUUAUAAAUGACUUAUUUGUUAGAAAAAAAAACAUUAAAGACGUAUUAAUUAAUGCAUAUGUGUUCAUGCAGCAUGUUGG